ACACUGCAGCUCGCACUCUGCAGACGUAUAUCGCCUCCUACAGUAUGAUGACGCCGCCAUCGCAAAUGGCGGGAAACGAAAGCCUAAUCCCCCUGCCGCUUGAAUGUUGCCCUUUCUUGGCUUUCUCUCUAUUUCAUUCUCGGGUGCUGCAAAAUUGCAAGUUCCUUCUAUCAGCAGCAGUCGGCGCGUGCCUUUGCCUCGCCGAGUCAGACCCCCGCCAAGCGGCUGCACCUGAGCGUGAGAUUAAGGCGGCUCGGUAGCUGGCAAUCAGAGAUUUCGCAAGCUGCCGCGCCUGGGAAUGCGCACAACGCACACGGCGGCUUAUAGCGGCGGCGGCUUGUAACGGCGGCACUCAGACUACCCAGAUGACGGUCUUCGAGACGGUGCGUCAGUUCUUCCCGGCCAGGCCGCGCGCUCCCGCGGGUCAGGUUGCCGAGUCUCUGCCGUCUGUGCCCGAGGCCUCCACUGUGGAGGCUGCAGUCAAGGCCAUCGUCAAGCAUGGCGGCCCCGAGGUCGAGAACCUUCAGUUCGGCGGCGACCUGGAAGCAGGGGGCCAGGGCACGGUGGCCGCGGUGACGGUGACGCGCUGUGAGGACGGCGGCGUGAUGCUGCCGCCGCGGCACCUGUUGCACGAUGCCGGGAAGGCGGUGCGCAGGGGCAAGGGUAAGGAUGCGGACAAGGUGGAGGCCGUCAUGAAGCUGACCAAGACCACGCAGGUGCACCGCACCUGGAGCAUGCAGUACAUGCUGCGGGCCCUGAUGCUCCGGGCGCUGUGCUCGUCGUACAUGCCAAUCAUGCUAUUCAUCAACGUCAUGGUCUACUGGGCCAUGCGGGCGGCCGUGCCGCUGCUGAUGGGCGGCAAGGUGCUGUGGGACAGCGGUGUCAUACACCGCGACUGGAAGCCCAGCAACGUGCUAGUCACGCUCAGGUUCAUCGGUGAGCUGGUGGUGGGGCUGGUGGUGCAGCUGGCGGACCUGGGCUACAGCCGCCCCAUCGACUUCGACCGCAAGACCUUCACACCGGGUCAAUUCGGCACCCCUGGCUUCCAGCCUGCCCGUUCCGCCGGCGACUACGACGAGGCCAUUGUGAACAUCGGGCACAGCGCUGUCAAGGUGGUGGCGCAGCACCAGGUGCACGUGGACACGCCGUCAGGCGACGUGUCUCAUUGCAGCCUCCCGCAGGCUGCCCCCAGCACGGCGCAGCCAGUCAGGCCCUCGCGCUGUGCGGCGCAGGUGUCUGCUGUGUGCACCAGCGCCAGCAGCCGCGGAGAGCCGCCACCCCACCAACCCGCCACAACGCCGCCUGCUCCAGCUGGAGGCACGGACAACGCGGAUGCUGCUGGGAGCAGGCCGCCGCUGGCAGCAGCGGCCGCUGCUGCUGCUGCUGUUCGUCAGCCGCGGGACGCCCGGGGCGACUGCGCUGCUGGCGUUGAUGCCGCCAGCGGCGCCGCCACCACCGCAGCUGCCUCGCGAGACAUGGCGCAUUGCAAGGUAGGCCAGCGAGGCGAGGCGCGCGACGGCCAGAGACAUGGUGAAGCAAGCAAGGGGGAGGCGCGCACACGCGAGCUGCUUAAAACCUCCGAACACUCUGCGGGCGUCUGUGAGGUCCGCAGCCAGCACUGCGAGGCCCAGGCAGGACAGCAGGCGGAGUCACCUCUGGCAGUGCUGCCCCUGCUGUCUCCCGUCGCCUCAAGUGGCGGGUCUCCGGCGGGUGGGGAUGCUCAGCAGCCAGCAGCUGGAGGCACGGACAACGCGGAUGCUGCUGGGAGCAGGCCGCCGCUGGCAGCAGCGGCCGCUGCUGCUGCUGCUGUUCGUCAGCCGCGGGACGCCCGGGGCGACUGCGCUGCUGGCGUUGAUGCCGCCAGCGGCGCCGCCACCACCGCAGCUGCCUCGCGAGACAUGGCGCAUUGCAAGGUGGGGCCGUCAGCAUGGGAACGGCACUUUGACGCCGUGUGCAAGGCCGUGUGGGCAACAGUGCACGAGGAGGCAGCCGCUUCCGGCCGGCAGCCGGGCAACGAGCUGUACUGCAAGGCCUUCCCAAUCCUGCUGCUGUGGCUGUCCGCGGCGCUCGGCAGCAAGGACUUCCGCGAUCCGCAGCCCGGGAGCCUGGAUGACCUGCAGCGGCAGCUGGUCGCGCGGACACGCGGGCUGCCUGGGCUGCCGGUGCAGGCGCUGCUGGACAAGGCGGUGCAGCUGAUGAGCAACGAGGGCUUCGUGGCCAAGCUGCGGGCGUGCACCACCGCGAGCAUGCGCACAAGGAAGAAACCCUGCAGGACUGUUUGUGCGAUGGCGGUGUGACAACCUGGCUGGCCUGCCAUCAGGCCUGCAGUGCAUCUGCAGGCGUAGCUUGAUGAGGCGGUCGACCGCCUCUUGCGCUAGCGAGCAGCUGGUGGCGGUGUGCACAUGGAGUUGUGGGCCUUGUGGGAACCGUUGACGGGUUGGACGAUGAGAGUGGUCAGCCGGCUCCUGUGAGAAACUGGUGGCGGGUAGGAGCGGCUCUCGUGAUGUGACGCCAUGCAAGAAACCUCCAAAGGCAACCUGAGUGCGUGUGCGUGGCCGGGUGGUUCUGCUUGCAUCGUAUGCGGCUUUGUGCGCCGUUAGCAGCCAUCAAGUCAUCAGCAACCCGUUGGCUCCAAUUGUCCACGCCCUGACUUCGGGACCAUGCAUGUGGUAUGAAGGAGGAAAGCCUUAAUACAUUGAUAUGUUCGAAUAUCGCAUUUGAGUAGACAACGUGAGAGCCGCCUCACCCAGUAGCACGUGCUUGAGUGCACGUGCUUGAGUGCUGUGCCGGCAUCGCAUUAUGGAACUGCGAGUAGUGUCAUAGGAGCAGCGGUACGACAGACCUGCUUUGCCGGAUUCGCGUGACCUGCCAUGGCUGCGGUACUGACAUUUGGCGUUCGGGGUACCGUAUAGCACACAUGGAGAUAGUGGUGACGCGGCAUAUGGGCAUGUAAACUAACAGCGCG